AUGGGCAACGUGAUGAAUAAGCUGAGCAGCGUGUCGCAAUCGGUGCGUGGCCGCAAGCGUAAACGUGAAGACGAAAACACUGACGAAAGUGGUGAUGGAAGUGAUCUGCUAGAUAAAUCACUGCAAACACCGAAAAGGAAGAAGUUAGUCUCUACCGCGAAGUACAUCUAUCAGGCACUGUUUAAGGAGGAACGAAACUCGGACGUUACGGUGCACGCGCUCGGUAAACAGUGGCACCUGCACAAGGUCUAUCUCAGCCAGAGUCCGUACUUUGCGAGCAUGUUUAAUGGAUCGUGGCGCGAAGCGGACGAGGACUACGUGCAUAUAGAAAUCAUUGAUCCGAAGAUUACGGUCGUGUCGCUUUAUUCGGUGUUCGGGUCAUUGUAUAUGGAUGAGGUGGUGCUGGAUCCAAAGGAGAUUGUUUCAACCCUUGCAACGGCCACACUCUUCCAGCUGGACAGUCUCAUCGACCGCUGUGCGGAGGUAAUGGUGGAAACAACGAAUGCUGAGACGGCCGUCCUUUACUACGAAGCAGCGUGCGAGUACGGUGUGAAGAUGGUGAAGCAGUCCACCUUUGGAUGGUUGCUGGUGAAUCUGCUUAGCUUCUAUCAUCGCGCACCGAAGUGGUUGCGAUUGAUCAGCUUCGAACUGAUGGAACAGCUCGUAUCCAGUGCUGAUCUGUACGUGGUGCAAACGGAAUUCACCGUCUACACGUUACUCCGUUACUGGAUGGCUUUAAAACUGUUCCCCAACGAGUCACCCUCGGAUGGUGUGGAACAUCCAAAGGAACGAUAUUUCUCCGAGCGUACCAGCACCGUACCAUUUCUUAGUACACCCGAAGGUGUACCCUACGAGCGUGUCUUCCGUGCACUAAGGCUCCAGAACCUUCUGAACCAUCACGUUGAUAUUCGGGUCUUGCGGCAGGACAACAUCAUUCCGGAGGAAUGGCUACAUAAACCGCUGGUGCAACAGUGGAACAGUGUAUUGACAAUCGAUCAAUCGCUUGACAAAGUGAUCGAAUGUGAUGAUCGUGUCUUCCUCGCGUCGUGCAUCCGUUGCGGUCGCAUACUGAACGAAAACGUGCUGCACAAGUGGCGCUGGACCGGGUUCCACUUUGGGCUCGAUUUGCUACUGUCGUCCGAUACGCGAUCGUUACGCAUUCGCCGACACCACCGAACGGAACACGAACGUUUGCUCAGCUUACGGGUGACGCGCCAGUUUUUGGUGCGCGUUUCGCUUGCUUCGCUGAACGAGCUGCGCCAAAUCAAACACCAGCAAACGUCACCGAUCCUUUCGAUAUCGUUGGAGAAAAACGAAGAAACGCAGCUGGUUGUGUUCGAUCGGGAGCUAUCGUUUCCGUUGCUGGUCUCGGUGAACAUGAUGCUGGUCGCACCGCCGGAGGAAGUGUUAGCGGCGAGAAAAAAUGUCACGGUAGCGAAGGAACAGGACGAUCCGGCAUCUAAUGCACCGGAUAAUGCCAGAUCGCCUCAUCCUGCCCUUCAUGCUAGCAACAGUACUGGCACGGUAGAAUCACUGGACGGUGGUAGCUCAUCGUCGAAUCGAAUGCUCGCAAACGAGUCCUGA